UAUUGCAAUAAGACAGUACACUACAGAGUCAGAAGGUCAAUGCCUGCAUGGUAACUUAUUCAACGUGAACCAGCUACGUUUGGAUUUACAAUAUAGCAAGAAUGGGAGAAAGAGAAUCAAAUUCAACAAGUAUUUCUCUGCAAGGGCAAGAACUUACCUAUCGCAAACUUGGAUGGACUGGCUCUGACCUUCCUUACAUUGAGAGUGAUGACAUUCAGCCCCCAUUAGAGCUAGAAUGGGAUAUGGAAACAGAAUUGCAAGAGGCUGAUCAAUUCCAAACAAAUCACUUUACUCAUAGUCCUAGUACAAACCAGCACAACCAUGUGUACAGUAGUACAUCCAUUCAGCCAGCCACUUCACCCAAAGGACGUUUUCAACGCUUGCAAGAAGAACCUGAAUAUUUUUCACACUAUACUGAACAAGAACCCAAGAGAUCCUCCAAGCACGUUUGUACUAUUGUCAAAUUUUUUUGCACAUUUCUUUUUAUAUUUAUUCCAGGAUUUUUAAUAGGUCAUUUUUCAAACAGAAAUUCUUACAGCUCAAAUUGUUCUAUAGAAAUUGGACCAGCUUCUUCAAGUGAAACCAAUUUUCUUAGUGAGAUAAUAAAUAAUGUUUCAAAGGAAAAUAUAGAAAAACACUACAAAUAUUUAACACAGAUUUCUGUCAAUAAUACAGAUUCUGAUACAGCAAAAGGAAUUGCACUUCUUUGGACCUCAAUAGGCUUAAAAGAGGUUCAGCUAGUAAAUUAUUCAGCCUUACUUGACCUACCAGGCUCUUCUCCAAACACAAUCACUCUGAACAAUGGUCAGUGCUAUUAUCCAAAUGGACAGCAGUGUGAUGAAGAAUUCAAGAGGCAUAAGAGUCAUGAGAUUCUGCUCUCAUAUGCUGCUUACUCUGCCAAAGGAACUCUCGAGGGUGAAAUCAUCGACGUACAGUAUGGAACAGUGAAAGAUUUACAACGAGUUACACAAGCAAGAAAUGUGACAAACAGUAGCUUAAUAGCUCUCAUGAAAUUGGGCAUGUUGCCAUUGUUGUAUAAGCUUUCAUUAUUAGAGGAGGUUGGAUUCAGAGGAGCACUCAUUUAUGUUGAUCCUUGUGACCUACCUGAGAAAUCAAACCUACAUGACAAUCCAUUCAUGAUAUCCUUAAACAAUGCAGGAGAUCCAGUUACCUUUAGUGCUUCAAAACAUGGUGAGAACAAUCCCACGGCAACGGAAACCUUGACAUCAAUGUUUGUACAGCCAGUUACUAUAUCACUCUUAAAAAAGCUUUUUGCAGUGACAGAGACUACAACAGGAAGUAAAUGUACACCACUUAUAGUACCAGAAAAAGAAAAUAGAACAUUUCAACUUAACAUCCAGUCUCUAGUCACAUACGAAGAUAUUUCAAAUGCCUUUGGUAUCUUAAGAGGAGCACUUCUUCCAGGCAAAUACAUUAUACUUGGUGCACCUCAUAAAGGCAAAUAUGGACAAAACCCUCAGGAGUGGGCAAGUGCAGCUGCAAUUAUGACAACGAUAAUUGAAUCUUUAAUGUCAAAGGUCAAAGAAGGAUGGCGACCACAAAGGACGAUCAUUUUCUGUUCAUGGGGUGGUUCUCAGUUUGGGAACAUUGGCUCAUACAAAUGGGCAGAGGAAUUUAGAAGAAUUUUAGAGAGCAAUUCAGUGGCAUAUAUUGGCCUUCACCAGCCAAUUAGUGGUAAUGCCAGCCUUCAGUCCAUUGUUUCGCCAUCCCUCCAACAAGUGACAAGUGAAAUUACAAAAAAGAUGCAGGUGACUUGUCCGAAGAAGGAUCUUUGCCCUGGGUCCAAUGUAAGUUCUGUACAAAUGCCCGGAGAUGCAAACGUCUUCAUCAAUAGCAUUGGGAUUCCAGCAGUGCAGUUUUCUGUAGAAGAAUACAAACUAUCAGAGGUUCCAGUUCCAAAUAUUUUCUCAGAAGCACUCUUCAUCAAAAAAGAUUCAAAUCAACAAGUGGAUCCUUUAUUUCAUCUUCAUGAGUACAUUGCCAAGCUGACCUUGGAAUUAGUUCUUCAAAUUGCAAGUGAACCACUUCUGCCCUUUAAUGCACUGGAUGUUGCAUUAGAAAUACAGAAGAAUAUAGAAGUUGAUAAUGUUUCCAUGAAUUUCUUAAUGGAAAAGGCAAGACGUCUGAGAGAAACUGUGCAAUUAUUUCAGUCCAAUGAGAUGCGUCCAGCCAAUGAUCCUAUGGAGAGAGACCCCACCAGAGUAAGAAUGUUAAAUGAUAUUCUGCAAAAUAUGGAGAAAAAUUUCCUCAUUCAAAAUGCUCCUCCUGGAUUCUUCAGGAACAUUUUGUACAGAGUGGAUGGGAAGAGAACUCAGUUUUCAGUGCUACAAGAAACUCAAGAUUACACCACGCUUUCUAAGUCAAAUAAAACACUUCUAGCUGUCUUGGAGAUGGUGACAAACUGUAUUAGUUCAGCUCAGCUAUAUUUCAAUGAAAGUCUUCAUGUGUUUGAGGAUGGUUUAGACAGAAAUGGCUGACAGAAUCUCAAUGGUUACCAAAAAAAAAAAAGAGAGAUUCUAUCACAAAUAGAAGUUAUGAAUGUAAAACAAAUAUUUUUUAACAACUGUUUAAGUUUGGUGCAAAAAUUUAAAUUUAUUUUUAACUUUAUUUAUAUUUGUAUAUGAAGUAAAACAAUUUGACUUUACCAAUGAUUUUUAAUAAAUUUGUGCAGGCAGAAAUUACAUUGUUAUUUCAUCCAAUGUGAUUGUGAUGGAUCAGAGGGCAGUUUUCAUUAAAAGUCAAAUAAGCUUUUCCUUGUACCAUGAUGACCUGAGAACCAAUUGCGUAGGUGUUAGAAUCUAAAAAAAUCACUUAUUGUGAGUAAAAAGAUGCAUUUUUUUCCAUUGGUAUAUAAAUUUGUGACAAAACAUUAUCAGAUAAAGCAAUUAAAAUAAAAAUAAAGUAGAACUGUUGACAGAUUCUGUUUUCUGAUCUUGAAGGAUAUUGAGUUAAAAUGUUAGUAAAUAAUGUUUAUUAUACUCAGUCUCAUACUUCUGUUUGCACUAGAUGACUACAUUGCAUUUCUUUAUAAUAAAGUGAUAGAUUGUAAUUCUAAGACAAUGUUGUAAGGGUGCAAAUUACUCUUCCUUUUUUAUACACUCAUCUAAAUAACAGACAGGAAGUAUACUAAAGUUACAUCAUAGUGAUAGACAGGUUAAUACAUAUUUCUGUAUUUUUGUAAAAUGUAAUGUAAUUUGAUGUGCAUUGGUUGAUCAAAAAAAAAUCUAAAAACGGAGUAGCCUUUGUUUACAAAAGGGGACCGGGUACUGGUCCUUCUUCUUUUCCAUUUGCUGGAUUACUUUUUCUCACUUUCUCUGUGAUCCCUCCCAUCCCAAGUUGGUAAUGGAAUUCCAGGACGAACAAACAUUACAAGAUUUUUUCACUAAUCAUUAAAUUAGAGCAUUAAAAACUAAAAAAACAUAAUCCCUGUACACAUUUAAAUAACUGAAGGUUUAUUACUAUCACUUCAAUGGCCAUCAAAGUGUAAGCUCAUCUGCCACAUUAAGGCAAAACCUCUUCACUACACUAAUAAUUAAUCUUGCUUCUUUAGGCUGAUUGGCAAAAUCUCUAAUGAGACAGAGAGGGGUACUUUUUUAAACCACAAC